AUGCCUCUCAAAAUCCUCAUCGUAGGAGCCGGCAUCGGUGGCCUUACUGCCGCGAUUGCUUUGAGAGAACAGGGCCAUGAAAUUACGAUAUUUGAGCAAUCCCAGUUCGCCUCAGAAUAUGGUGCCGCAAUCCAUAUCCAACCGAAUUCUAAUGGAAUACUGAGACGAUUGGGUAUUUUCCUGGAGGAGAGUGGUGCGAAUCCUUUGAACUGGCCCUGGCUCCUAGCCCAUCGCGUACAACUACACUCGCAUCUCAAAUCCCACGCGCUGACUCCUUCUCCUCCACAUCCCGCAAUAUCUCUCCUCACUUCUCACAAAGUGAUCAAUCUCGACUCCACUACCGCUACCGUUUAUUUUUCGAACGGUACUUCUCACACCGGCGAUUUAAUAAUCGGCGCCGAUGGCGUCCACAGUCACACUCGAUCCUUCGUACAAACGCUCUCAUCCGAAUUGCGCCCCUUUCCUUGUGGAAAAAGCGCCUACCGCUUUCUUCUCUCCCGCUCCUCCGUUCUCUCCAAUCCCAAAACCGCAAAAUAUAUGCAAAAAGAAGGUGAACUAAUCAUGUGGUUCGGCUCCGAUCGUCGCGUAAUAACAUAUCCAACUUCUUCUAACUCUUUGUUGAAUUUCGUGUGUAUACAUCCUGAUGCAUUAUCUGAACCGGGUGCUCAAGGAGAGGGAUGGGGUAAAGGUGGUGAUAAAGAGAAUUUAAUAAAAAUAUAUGAGGGUUGGGAUGAAGAUAUGUUGGAGAUGUUGAAAAUGGCCCCCUCUACUUCCCCUUCUUCCUCAUCCUCUCCCUCCUCAGAAACAAAUACAUCUGGCACUCUCAAAGUCUGGCGUCUUCUUGACAUGCACUCCCUCCCCACUUUUACAAAAGGAAAUCUAGUUCUCCUAGGCGACGCAGCACAUCCGUAUUUACCACACCAAGGCCAAGGAGCUGGUAGUGCUAUCGAAGACGCUGCUUCGCUUGCUGUGGUUCUCCCAAGAGAUGUGAAGAAAGAGGAGGUGGGGGAAAGGCUGAAAUUGUAUAAAAGUAUUAGGAUGGGGAGGGCCCAUCGCAUACAGGAGUUUUCUAGGGUUUUGGGUAGGGAUAUUGGGGAGGGCAAGGAAAUUGUUGAUAUCCGCCAAUUCGUAAACCACAACCUGCAACAUGACGAAUGGGACAAUUCUACUCAAGAGCUGAGAAAAUGGAUGUGGAAACGUAAUCCCCAUCUCUCUACCUACUACUUAACACCCGCUAGUUUCGGACCUCUACCCAUGCUCAAGUUCCCUCCAAAAUACACAUCAUCGUCACUUACUUCAAUCGCAUCUCAAAGCAUUUCCACUUUCAACCUCACUCCAACUCGCAUCUCAGAUCCCGCCAUCACGAGAACAAAAAUAACAGCAACCCUAUCCUUUACUACCUCACGCACCCUCCUGCAAAAUUUCUUCCCCCUCGACUCUGAUUCUUUUCGAUUUAUCAAUACGGGAAUUAUUUCGAGGGCGAGUUUUAGGUGGGUUUCUUGGAGUUGUGAGAAUGAAGAUGGGAGGGAGAAGAAGGGUGAGAAUGGGGAUAGGGAUGAGGCGAGGUAUGAGCAAUUAUGGUUCUGUAUCGAGGAUGUGGAAUAUAUCAAGAAUGAUGGAGGGGAUGGGGGGAACAGGGAGGUAGUAAGGGGAACGUUUGUUCCGAUUGUUUUUGAGUCGCGCUCUUCUUCUCUUCCUGUCACGGAUGAAAAGGAGGAAGAACAGAAGAGUCGCGCACACACCAACUUCGAAAUUAAUCAUACAACCCCAGAAACAGGAGUACACACGUACCAGAUCCACGCCUCGGAUCCACAUACCAGGAUGAGGUGGGGGACUAUAAGUCUUGAGAAUCUUACGGAAGUUCUGGCAGUGGAGUGCGGAAUGGAGACGGAACAGGAAAAAGAGAAGAAAGGGGGGGAUGAGGAAGAGGAAGUUGAUAAUGGAGAAGAAGGACUUUUAUUAUGGAGAUACGAUCCGCCUCUUCCUUCCUCUUCCUCUCCACCUUCCCCUCUAACCCCAAACACCACCCCCCACCCCCGCAAGGCCACCUCCACCACAUCCCUCAUGAUCAUGAUUCCACCAAACGCUCUCUUCACACAUUUCACACAUCAUCUCAAUCACAAGACAUUCGCAAAUACACCUCAUCAACCGGAUCUUUUUCGAUACAGGAAUUAG